AUGAACCAGCUAACCGACAAGCCUGAGUGGCGACGUAAGGUCUUUGACGAAACCAUUAUCAAACGCUGGAAGAAUGAAAUCGUUAACGAUCAUGGACCGCAAUUCCGAAGAGAGCCACUGGCUGGGAAAGCUCAGGGAUUUACUAUCCAGUGCAUCGACGAAUUGCAGGAAAAGGCCAAGAUGUUCGAGGAAACGGGCAUGGUUAUGGUCCUCGACGUCGAGGCUUUGGUCAUCAAGUCCGACUCCAUUGUCGAAGAAGAAUUGAGGCUAGCUUUGAUCAGCGCGGUCAAGCCCCUAGAAGAAGUCCCGAAUGAUGACAAAUUCAAAGACUGGCAUCCUGGUUCCGAUGGAAAGGUUCUCAAUCUUGUUCAUCCCUCACUUUUUCCUUUGGUAUAUGGACGUACCAAGGUUCGUUCCCACGGAGAGAUUGGACUAAAAGACUGCCUGAUUGCUGCCGGCUCUGGAGAGGUUGCGCCGCAGCCGGAUAACGAGGAAACUGUCCACUCUAGCACUUUCUACUACGCCAGAAAGUCUCAUCUCUGGUCUAAGAAAUUCCAGUGGCUACCUUGCGAAAUCAAGUUUGUAGGAGAUGAAGUGAAGAUCACAAGCUACAUCAACAAUCUUCAUCCCCUGCGACAUGAACAUCUCUAUUCGGUGAUCGAAAAAUUCAUAGGAAAAGCCCUUCCACUCUGGAGCUGUGGCAUACAAAGGUUGGAUAAUGGCAUCGGCCCGCGAAUUAGCAUUGAAAAGUUGGGGUUUGAGUAUGUGGAGGACGACAAAGAGGGAACACUCCCAGGCGAUAUGGAGUUAGAACAGAAUCUUCCAGACGACAGGCACAGAGAGAAGUCGGAAGGGUCAGAUGAGGAUAUCGAAGACUCGGAUUCUGAAAUGGACCGAAGCGAAGAUUCAGAACUUGAAGAUCGGCUGCUGUGCAUGCCACAACCUCGUGCCUUCAGACCCACAGACCCGAAUGAGUGGCCAAGCGAUGACUUUCUGAGGAAGAAAUAUGCUAAGGAGGGCUUACAAGUCAUUAUCAAGUUGGCCAAUAUCAUGCUCACCCCUGAGAAGCCUCGUUAUGGCGGAGGCUCGUGGCACGUUGAGGGACAGCUUAAUGAGAAAAUUUGCGCAACUGCAUUGUAUUACUAUGACUGCGAGAACGUUACCGACAGCUAUCUCGCGUUCCGAGGGCAGAUAGACACUGAAGACCUCCAUGAGAUGCCGGGACAAGGCGACUACGGUUACCUCGAAUACCUCUUCGACAUAGAACAACACAGCGAUGCAAUGCAGGAUCGCGGCCGUGUCCUGACGCGCCAAGGCCGAUUACUUUCUUUUCCCAAUGUUUUCCAGCACCGCGUAGCGCCCUUCUCCCUUGUCGACCCAAGCAAACCGGGUCAUCGUAAGAUUUUGGCCUUGUUCCUGGUCGAUCCCGGAGAACGCAUCAUUUCGACUGCAAAUGUGCCGCCUCAGCAGAAGGAUUGGUGGGCUGAAACCUUACGAGAUACUGGAGCUCUCUCGGUCCUUCCGACGGAGCUCUUCGAGGCUGUGAUCGAUGAGGUAGUUGAUCCAAUGGACCUUGAAGAGGCUAAAGAGUUAAGGUUGGAGUUGAUGGACGAACGGAAGGGGUUGCAGGAAACGUUUGGGAAUGACCUGAAUACCUUCAAUUUCUGCGAGCAUUAG